CACGCGCCCACCGUAAAAUAUCCCCAGCCCAAACCACUCCGCCCCCAAACCCCAAAUCCGCACCCCCGAAAUCCCCAAUUCCGCUCUCCCUCCCCCGCAGCAGGCGAGAGCGCGAAGCGGAGCGGAGGCGGAGAGAUGGAGUCGGACCAGGGCAAGCUCUUCAUCGGCGGCAUCUCGUGGGAGACGACGGAGGAGAAGCUGAGCGAGCACUUCUCCUCCUACGGCGAGGUCACCCAGGCCGCCGUCAUGCGCGACAAGCUCACCGGCCGCCCCCGGGGCUUCGGCUUCGUCGUCUUCGCCGACCCCGCCGUCGUCGACCGCGCGCUGCAGGACCCCCACACCCUCGACGGCCGCACGGUCGAUGUGAAGCGGGCGCUCUCGCGGGAGGAGCAGCAGGCCACCAAGUCCGCGAACCCUACCGGCGGGAGGAACUCUGGCGGCGGCGGCGGCGGAGAUGCCGGUGGUGCUAGGACGAAGAAGAUCUUUGUGGGCGGGCUGCCCUCUACUCUGACUGAGGAAGGGUUCCGGCAGUACUUCCAGACCUAUGGUGUUGUUACUGAUGUCGUGGUGAUGUACGACCAGAACACACAGCGCCCCCGGGGUUUUGGCUUCAUCACUUUUGACUCUGAGGAUGCGGUUGACCGCGUGCUGCACAAGACCUUCCACGACCUGGGUGGGAAGAUGGUGGAGGUGAAGCGUGCGUUGCCUCGUGAGGCCAACCCUGGCGGCGGUGGCGGGCGUUCUGGAGGAGGUGGGGGCUAUCAGAGCAACAAUGGCCAUAGCACAAACUCUGGCGGCUAUGAUGGUAGAAGUGAUGGCAGGUACGGGCAAGCGCAGCAGGGUGGUGGUGGCUAUCCUGGCUACGGUGCGGGAGGUUAUGGUACUGGUGCAGCUGGGUAUGGAUAUGGUGCUAACCCUGGGGCUGGAUACGGAAAUUAUGGAGCUGGGGCAUAUGGAGGUGUUCCUGCUACUUAUGGUGGACCUUAUGGAAACCCAAGUGCGGCUGGAUCUGGUUACCAGGGUGGUCCUCCAGGCUCAAAUAGAGGACCCUGGGGCAGUCAAGCUCCAUCUGCUUAUGGUGCUGGAGGCUAUGGUGGCAAUGCUGGCUAUAGCGCUUGGAACAACUCUUCUGGUGGUGGCAAUGCUCCCACAAGUCAGGCACCUGGUGGAGCUGCAGGCUAUGGGAGCCAGGGCUAUGGGUAUGGUGGAUAUGGAGGGGAUGCAUCAUAUGCUAGUCAUGGAGGAUACGGGGCUUAUGGAGCGCGUAGUGAUGGUGCUGGCAAUCCUGCUACCGGUGGAGCAUCUGGAUAUGGUGCAGGGUAUGGGAGUGGGAGUGGCAACUCUGGUUAUGCAAGUGCUUGGAGUGAUCCUUCACAAGGCGGUGGAUUUGGUGGCUCAGUCAAUGGAGGUCCUGAAGGGCAAUCAAAUUAUGGCAGUGGCUACGGCAGUGUGCAACCCAGGGUUGCUCAGUAAAGAGAGGCUAUUAGAGUGUCUUUGAAAUGAACCAGCACAUCUGGGCAUUCUAUGUAUUGUUUUGUUACUCUGGCCUCGAUUGUUCUCAGCCUCCUGAAGAUCACCCAUUUGCUGGUUAAAUCAGUAUUUCUCCGGGUUGGAAUGCUUGAACCUUUAGUGGCUUACUACUAGAACUUCUAGUCAAUAAGUAGCUAUAAUGUGGAGUAGCAGUAUCUUGCAUUAUUUUUAAGUUUAGCUUUAUCCGUCCGUGUGCUUUUCCAUGAGUGAAGUUUCAGGUUGAUUCGUCUCUAGUUUAAAAAGCUAGAGUAGCUUGACUGCUUCUGGGCAAAACUAUCUAGUUGUACCUCUGUUCUACAGAUCAUAUAUUUGUGUUUGACAGUAGUAUCUAUGCUGGAUCUUGUUCUACUUCUAUUCUGGAAUGCUCUGUAUUUUGUGGUUGUGUUGACCUGUGGUGCUGUGCUUAUCCAUCUGGUUUAGCUCAAGUUGGAGUUAUGUUGUUAUGCCACAUUAUCAACAUUCCUGGUUUGCAGAUGCCAACCCUGAAACUUCUAUGCAGUGUUAGUUAUAUGAUACUGUAGUUUCUUCUAACAAUAUGUUCCACUGUAGUGCAAGUGUUUUACGUAGCUGGAAUGGUACAUCCUUCAAGUAUAUCAUGAAGCUAUGAAUUCCAUCCAUUUGGCCGUAGAUUUCGAUAUUUUCCAAGCAGCAGUAAGCUUAUUAGCAGCAAGAUUGUAGCGCCAAGUUUCUAAGGUUGAAUCGGAUGACAUUCCUUUUUAGUGAUGCCCAGACGAGGGCUACUAAAUCAACCAUUCAAAAAGGCAGGUGAAAUACACCGUGUUUACAUGAUGAGCUGUUGGAAAGUUUCCAUCUCGGAGAGCUGACAGAGUGCAAGAUGCCAGCUUGAGUGCUUCGUUUUCUGAAGGGUCUUGUGGGCUGUGCUACAAGAUAGUGAGUGCACGAUGAGGUAACUGAAGGCAAUGCCGCUGUGUUUGGGAAUCAUGGGCAAGGGCUUGGCUGCGUCUAAAACAAUGCUGCUGUGCAUGAACCGUAAUAAAGAUGGUGGCAUUUUGCUGUAGCAACUCCAUAAUAUAUAGGUGACCUUUUGUUUAAGAGGCUUCGUUUUGUUGUCAUGAUGCUAUACCACAGUACAUUGUUGUAUAAUGCAAUAGUACACUCACAAUGUAGUUAUAUCCCUUGAUAUGCAAGCAUUGGUGCACUU